GAAAACGAAAGUCCGUUGUCAAGGACGCUCAUAGUUACAUGUAGAGAGAACAGAUAGUUUGAAGAUCAAUGUUUCAUAUUGAUGCGUCUCCAAAUUAAACAUCUCCCUGUUUCAAUAAUUGUUUAAACGAAAAAAAAACCAACAUUGGAAUCCAUGGGGAUCUUAGGAUUGACCACCUUCAUAAAAAAUAAUCCACAGAUUACGGAGGAAUUUUCGCUGCAUUCCACUAGGGUUGUCAUAGAUGGCAAUAGCUUGUAUCACUUUUUAUAUAAUAAAGACAAGUUGGAUUUCCUACACGGUGGAGAUUAUGAUCAGUAUGCUAAUAAAAUCAGAGAGUUUUUUAGCCUCCUUCAAUCCUGCAACAUUCAACCUUAUGUUGUAUUUGAUGGUGGAAAUGAGCCAAAUGAAAAGAAAUUUCAGACUGUUUUAAGUAGAAUUGAACGGCGACUUGAAAUGGCUAUUCAGUUAACAAAACAACAACAUGACUACUGUAGGGUUAUGCCAAUAAUGUCACGCGACACUUUUAUAGCUGUUUUGUCGGAAAUAACCAUACCGUUUGUCGUUUGUGAUUUUGAGGCCGACAAAGAAAUUGCAAAACUGGCAAAUCAUUUGGACAGCCCGGUUUUAUCUGACGAUAGUGAUUUCUAUAUUUUACCUUUAUCAUCUGGAUUUAUCCGUUUUGAAAGUCUAAACUUAACUGUGCAAGGAAUCAGAGUGGAAAAUGGUACUUUGAAACAUUGUCUUUCUGCUCGACGAUAUCGUGUUGACAGAUUUGUUAAAGUCUUUCCGUCCUUGGGAAAAGAUGUUUUUCCAUUAUUAGCUGCCCUCCUAGGAAAUGACUAUGUGGACAAAACAGUUUUUAAAUCUUUCUGUUUUUCAAUUCGGUCAAUUGGAGGAGAAACGCAAUUUACGGAUCCAACAGAGGAAAAAAAGAUUCUCAAAAUCAUUCUCUGGCUGCAAAGCUUAAAAUCAUAUAGAGAAGGCAUUGAGAAAAUAGUCUCAAGGUCUAAAGAUAAAGACGCUGUUUCAUUAGCUAUACAAAUUACAGAGGAAGCGUUUACACUUAAUGCAACAGAAACCGAAUUUUCUCUGAGGUCUUACUUCAUGGAAAAGGGCAGUACAGUCAGCAACCCAAUACAAGGUCGCUAUGGAUCUAUGAUUCCGACGUGGUAUGUUAGUCAACACAGAAAGGGAAUUAUUCCCCCAACCUGCAUUGACGUUAUCACACUACACAGAAAGCUUUUAAUUCCCCAAGUGGAAGACCCUAAAUCGUCAGUGUCCUCCUAUCAGUGUAGCGAAAGUAUAAGAAAAUAUAUGUAUGGGAUUUUACUUUCAGAGGGCGUUGAUGAAGUUCAACAAAAUGAAGGAGUGACCUCAAAAAGGAAGUGGGUUGUCGAGGAGUUUGAUCGCAAUGCACACGUAAUCAUGGUUAAACGUGUCGACUCUUUGGUUACUCUAGCUGAAUAUGGCAAACUACCAAAACUCUCAGAGAUUCCAGACCUUUCAACAUGUGAAAAAGAAAAUAUUCUCCGUCUGGUAAUCAAUAUGCCUUCUUUUAGUAUCGAUGAUAUGACUAAAGACCUUGAGCUUGUUCUGGGAAUCGUUGUAUUUUGGAUUAAGAAAGCCAAGCCACAAAUCACCGUUUUUCAUUUGCAAAGUGUCCUGGUUUGUCUGAUAAUGUUAAAUGUUAAAGUAGUCCGAGUAUCGCACUACGUCAUAAUACGGAAUUUACAAUAUUGGUUCGACUUUUACAAAGCGUUUUUGAUACCCGGUAUUGAUUUUGCUCUACAUCGCUGUUGUAAGCAAUGGCAAUAAUAAGCAAUUAGAACGGUAAUAUAUGUAUUCUAUGAGAGAUAGAAAUGAUACAUGUUGAGAAACUCGAUUCUGUUUAAGUAAAAUGAAAAACGAAGUUUCUGAUUAACCAGGAUCUCAGGUAUGCUUAUAUCUUCU